AUGAGGACAUUGCAGCCGUUGCUUCUACUCGUGGCUCUUCUAGGAGUCGCAAGCUCUGAAACAUCUGUGGAACAAGGAGGAGCCAAUUAUGACUUAAAUGUGGAGCAUGCAAAGGAAAUGUUCGCCAUCAUUGACAAAAAUGAAAAGCCCUGCUGGAACUUUUUCAACUACGCUUGUGGAAAUUGGUCCGCAAACUUCAAAAGUGAUUCAGGAGGUCACACUUCGGUCUAUGAAAAAAUAAACUAUGACGUGAACGUGGAAUUUAUUCAGUUUAUGGAAAACGCCAGUUUGAGCGAUAUGCCGGAAUUUGUGAAAAAGGCCCAUGACUUCUAUACAUCCUGCACUCUAGAGUACGAAUUUAAAUCGCUGCCCUAUAUGAAGUGGUUGGAGGAACAUGAAGGUUUGAAAUGGGCUUUGUUGACACCUAUUAGUGACGACAACACCCAUUUUGAUUGGGUACAUGCUUUGGCCACAUUCCGCAAAUAUGGCAUGAAUGGUAUUUUUAUCAACGAAAUGUUGUAUCCCAAGGACGCAGAAGCUUCGAAGACAAUUGUCGGCAUAAGCAAGUUUAGACCAACCUACGGCUUAGAUCUGUUUUGGGACUAUGAAUUCGAGGCUUUAAAUCAGACUUUAAGUUAUUCUGCGGGCAUAAGGCAUCUGGUAGAUUUCUUUACAGAAAUCCAUGACUUUGAAGAACUGUUGGCCAAAUUGGACGAGCUUAAAGAGGUGGAGCAGGAUAAGAAAUUGAUGAUGACUAAAGAUAUGCCUUUUCUAUGGUUAAAAAAAUAUCUUAAAAUUGUUCUCGAUCUGGAAUCGGUCAAUCCAGACCUCCAGAUUUACAUAAGUGAUAUGCUCUAUUUGGAGUCUUUGGAUGCCCUCCUCAAGGAAUACGAUGACAAAUUUCUUUCCCGUUACUUGGAACUAAAAUUUUUGGCCCAUUUGUUUUAUAAUUAUAAACGUACCUCAGCCAAGGCUUGUAUUGAAUCGACACGGGGUCUAAUGCCAACGGCAAUGCAUUGGAUUUAUGAGCAAUUGCACCCCGAAUUGGAGCAGGAGAUUCCGAUGGUGUAUGAAAUGUUUGAAAGAGUCUUAAAACUUUCAAAAGAAACACUGCUUUUGGAUAAAAGCGGCGUCGUUACACCUACUGUUCUCUCAAAGUUCGACAAACUGCAUUUCAAGAUCGGCAAUUUACCUCGCGUGGACACCAUCAAAGUCUUGGAAUCAUUCUACAGCAAUCUUACUUUAGUCAAUACCGAUUACUAUGGCAAUCACUUGAAGUUGUUGGAAUUCUAUUUCAAAGUCUACCACACCUCCACGUCCUUUGCGGAGAUCAAGAAUAUCAAUCAAUACUUUAAUAAAACCGAACAUUAUGAUACUGCCGCUGAUGUUCAUCCCAUUUAUUUGGCGGCCUCUAACCUCAUCAUAGUUCCCAGUGAGCUUUUGAGAGCCCCCCUAUAUCACUGGGGCUACAACGAGUUCUUCAAACAAAGCUCUUUGGGCACCAUCAUGGCCUACUACAUUUAUUCUGCUCUCGAUGUUAACAGUCUUAGCAGAACCGAUUUGGAGAAAGUGGCUGGCAUUGGCAGUUUCUACACCUCUUAUAAUUUAAUUUUCCCAGCAAAGCCGGAGCAUGUAAAUGAGUACCAGGCCAUUACUAAGUUGAUGGAUAUGCCUUUGGAGCAGGUCUUCUUUUUAAACGCUGUGCAAUAUUAUUGUGAAUGGUUGGGCAGCGCUGAUGCAUUAAAUAGCUAUGUCAUGUUAUUGCCCGAAUUCUCGACUACAUUUGGUUGCAAAUUGAAUAGCUUUCUGAAAGUGUUUCGGUAA